UUAAAAAUAUUAAACUAAAAAAUUGGUUUCUUGGUUUCAUACAGUGAGGACUAGGUCACAACUACUACUAUGAUCAAAGAUAACUCUCAUAUUACACCAUCGAACACCCUAAAAACAACUCACAAUUAACAUUGCAACAAGAAGAAAGAAAAAAAAAAAAAAAAGCAAUGGCUUAUGCUGCUGCGACUUCUCUCAAGCAAACUAUACAAGGACUCCUAUGUUCUUCCAACAUUUCCAUUGAUUCUUCGAGUCGAGAAAUCCUAGAUAUUGCACACAACCACCUCACAUCCUUACAAGAAACCCUCAAAAAAUCGGACGAACGCCUCCGCAGCAACGGAUUGAGAGAGUUGGAAGAAAAAAUCAGAGAUGCGAUACACAACUUAGAAGAUUCCCUCGAAUCACAGUUUCUAUCAGAUCUCGAAGAAGAAGAAGAGGCUACCAUUUCUUCGCUAGACCUGAAGGAAGUAUCGCACGAGUUCAACUCCUUCGCGGAAGCAGCGAAGAAGAUGAAGGAAGACUACAAUCGUCAUCUCGACAAUCCAUCUUGUGAUGAAAAUGAUGAUUAUGCAUCACGACAGACGAUAGGUUGUAACGUAAAGAUGGUUGGAUUAUCCGAUGUCUACAAUGAUCUGAAAUAUCACGUGAUGAGAGUGAUAAGGCCAGACGACUUCGGUUUCUUCUCCUUCUUCGGCAAACCAGGCACCGGGCGAUCCCUUCUUGCCCGGGGCGUCUAUGAUGACAUACAAGGCUCAUUCGACUGCAGCGCCUGGGUGAGGAUAGGCUCAACAUAUGACCUCACACAACUCCUCUUAAACAUCAUUUCUCAAAUAAAUCCUGACGAAUUCAUCACCUCCCAAGGAGAGGAGAAAUUGGGGGAAUAUGUGUACACUAGUUUGGAAGGAAGGAGAUACAUGGUUGCGUUGGACGACGUUCGCGACACGGACGUUCUGAUCAAGCUGAGAAGAUCGUUGCCGGAGCAGAACAACGGAAGCGUGGUGUUGCUGACGACGGGAUUUAUUGAAGUAGCGGAAUUCGACGAGAGAUUUGUGCCCCUUAAACCGCCGACGAUAGAUGAAGACUUCUUCUGGCCUUACAUACUGACUAUUUUUUUCGAGGGGGGUAUUGCGCCGCCGGGAUUUGAGGAAAUAGGGAGGAAAAUUGCCAGAAACUGUGGAGGUUGUGUGCUAGUGGCGGCCAGAAUUAUUCUGAUUUUGAGGAAAUUGGAGAGAGAGACGGAGAUCUGGAGCGCGCUAGCUGAGGCUCAACAUGAUCGCGUUUAUAUGAUGGAUGACGAAUUAUCAGAGGCAAAUGAUGUACAAAAAUAUCUAGGAGAUGAUGAUCAAGUAUGGUCGGAAAAUAUGUUUGACAUAUCUAUAUUGAUAGAGAAAACUAGGGAUGUUCUAUUUCCAGACAGGUUAUUUCCAAAAAUGGGAAUUAUGACAAUAUAUGGAAUGGCCGGAGUUGGUAAGACUACUCUCAUCAGAAAUAUUUUUUCAGACCUCUCAAUCAUGCAUCGUUUCGAUCAUUGUGUGUGGAUGAAUGUGGGCUCAAAUUAUAAAUCAGAAGAAAUCUUGGCGGAUACUCUAGCUCAAUUCUAUCCUUGUAUUGAUAAACAAAAUAUAAAGGAUGAUGCAACAUUAACUAUGGAUUUGUGCACGCAGUUACUCCAUAAGAAAUGCCUCAUUGUGCUAGAUGAUUUAUGGAGCCAGGCCCCGGUGCAUAUCUUGAAAAACUUUUUACCUAGCAUCAAGGGUGAACUUGUUGUUACGACUAGACUAUUCAAGGUUGGCCUUUUUGGAGCAUGUGAUAGGACGAUGAAGUUGUGUUUCCUAAAUAAAGACGAAAGUUGGUAUCUUCUUCGCGAUAGGGUGUUUGGCGAUGAGAUUUUCCCUAUGCAACUUGAACCUGUCGGAAGGAAGAUUGCUGAGAGUUGUGAGGGUCUUCCUCUCCUGAUUCUCUCAGUCUCGGAUAAGCUAUCCGAACUUGAGAAAACCUUGGAGAUGUGGAGCAUGGUAGCAUCUGGAAAAGUAUCGGUUAUUAAGAAUGCAGAAAUUAAAGUAUUGGACUCAUUGCUUCCAAGUUAUGAGGCUUUACCUCAACACUUGAAAGCAUGCUUUCUCUAUAUGGGGGGUUUCCCUAAAAAGCUUGACAUUCCUACCUCUAAGCUCAUCAAUUUAUGGUUUGCUGAGGGUUUUCUUGAACCAAAUUCAUCUCAAACUUUUGAGGAUUUUGCUGCAAGAUGCUUCAAGGAGCUUGUUGAUUCUACUACUGUUAUGGCCAAGAAGGGAUCUGAUUUGGAACACAACAAGACUUGUAAUCUCCAUUCUGUUUUUUGGCAUCUAUCACGCAGGGAAGCCAUCAACAGCAAAAUUUUCUACAUCUUGAAUUGUGAUGAUUAUUCAAUAAAAGAUAGUAUGAAAAGCCAAUGUAGAUUAUGUAUUCCGAAUAGCAUUUUAUUGGGAAUCGAAGAUGAUGCAAUGUCGGCCUUCUCAACUAUGCGUACUUUGCUAUGUACUGGUCCACUACAUCGAUAUCCAGUUCCGUUGUGUUUGAAGUCAAGAAAUUUGAAGGUUUUGGAAGCUCUUGCAAUCCGUUUCUACGAGUUUCCAAUUGAUAUAGUGGCAUUAGUUCAACUAAGGUACCUUGCUCUCACUUGUGACGGAAACCUCCCACCUUCCAUAUCCAAACUUUGGAAUCUACAGUACUUGAGAGUGAGACAAUACUUGAGUAUCAAAUCCCCGAGCAAUUCUUCGUAUUUGCCUAAUGAAAUAUGGAAUAUGAAAGAGUUGAAACAUCUUCAUGUCUCAGGCCAAAAGCUACCCAAUCUAGAUUGUGAGGAGACCUUUUUACCAAACUUGUGUUCACUCUUGGGUGUGAGUGUGCAUAGUUGUACAACGAGGGUUUUCAAAAGAAUGCCUAAUCUUAAAAAGCUUGGUAUUCAAGUUGAAUUGGCACCGGAUGACAAUAGUGAUUCCUUAAAUUACAUGGAUCAUAUAUAUCAUCUUAGUACACUGGAAUCACUUAAAUGUGUCGUUGUGAAUCCAGAUCUCGGGUUAGAAGAUGUUGCCCCACCUAUUCCUAGUUCUACGCUCCCAUCAAGUCUUAAAAAGUUGAGUUUGAGUGGUCUAGGAUAUCCUUGGGAGUACAUGAAGGUAAUCGGUAAAUUACCAAAUCUUGAAGUGCUCAAACUGAGAUGCUAUGCUUUUAUAGGACCAAUUUGGGAGAUAGAUUGGCAAGAUUUCCCCCAACUUAAAUUUCUUUUAAUUGAAGAUGCUGACUUGGUGCGUUGGGAUAUGAAAAUGCCUUGUAUCCCGAAAUUGCACUUCUUAAGCUUCAUACACUGCUACAACUUAGAAGAACUCCCUUCUUAUUUGUCUACUUCUGUUCAAAAGAUAAAAGUAGAUGAAUGUCACCCUUUAACUGGGGAUUGGGCAAGGAAGAUGAAAGACAAGAAUUGGAUGAUGGAGGUACAAACUCUUGAACAUGAUAUCCGGUCUUCAUGGAAUUAGUUGAAGUUUAAUCCAAGUGAGGACUCUUUGCACAUAAGUUAAAGGAUGCUUUUUUUAGGGAAUGAAGAUGAAUGGCCGAAAAUCUUGUGAAGAGUUGGAGCUUGAAAAGCACGCGUUAAAAGAGGAAGAAUUGAGCACAAUAUUGAACAUUUGAGAGGGAAGGAGCUAAAAAGGUAGUCUACAUUGCCUAGUUUGAUAACUCGGCCAAUUUGAGCGCGUCGUCAAAAGUACAUUGAAGUUGUCUCGUCAAAAAUACUGUGGCUGAUUCUUGUGUGUUUAGUUUCGAAAACCCUUGUUUGUUUAGCUUUUAAGUUUCAAUUGGUUACAUGGUAAUCUCCAAAGAAUCAUUGAUUGCUUACGCUUUCUCCACGUAUUGUUAUUCAAUUCUAUACAU